AUGGUAGCAGAAGGGGACAUCAUAUUCAAUGCACAGGAUCCAGAACUACCUCCAUACUUCAUAUUUGGGGAGGACACAGAAUUCCUGCCAGAACCCUCGGAACUCCUGCACCUGGUCCAGUGGGAUGCGGGAGACGCGGAGUGCCUGCUGCAGCUGGUGAAGGAGCUGAUCCAGCAAUACCACCAGUACCAGUGCCAGCGUCUACGCGAGAGCUCCCGGCUGGUCUUCGAGUACGAUAGCCUGCUCAAGGACCUCAACUAUUGCAGGAGCAUGGAGAUCUACACCGGGCACAAGAACAGCUGGGCAGUGGAGUUCUCCGCUCGCUUCCUGCUCAAGCUCCCUGUGGAUUUCAUCGACAUCCCCAUCUAUCUCCUCAAGGAUACAUUGUUGGACCCUGGGGAAGACAUGGCCCUUCUCUCCGUAAGCUUCAAAGACGCAGAGGCAACCCAGGUGUUCUUUAAACUCCACUUGUCCCCCAGCAUUGAACAGUAA